GCUGCCGGCUCCUCCCCAUCUUCCCUGAACCCUGCAAGAACCUGGCCGUGGCGGCGGCCGCGGCAGCGACGUGCGUCGGCGGCGAGGGGUGCAUGAGGAGCAAGAGGUGGGGCAGGGACGACUGCGGGAUCGGUAUUCGGAGGAGGAGCCGGUGGGGAAAGUGCGGCUGACCUGCGCCUGCUGAGCGAGAGGCAUCCAGGUGGAAGGCCGGUGGGAUCCUGGGAAGAGGGAAAAGAAAGAAGGAAGAAAGGUUCAUCUUGGGAAGCUUCCGCUACCGGCUCCAAGAUGCAGAACAGCGAUCUGCGCAAGAAGAGUGCAGCGGAGAUGGAUUUCUUUACUGAAUAUGGCGAUGUUAAUCGAUACAAAGUGCUGGAAGUCAUAGGCAAAGGUAGUUAUGGACUUGUAUGUUCUGCAAAUGAUACGCAAACAGGAGAGAAGGUUGCAAUAAAGAAGAUACACAACAUUUUUGAGCAUAUAUCGGAUGCUGCACGCAUACUCCGCGAAAUCAAGCUUCUCAGGCUUCUUAGGCACCCUGAUGUAGUAGAGAUAAAGCAUAUCUUGCUUCCCCCAUCUAAAAAGGAUUUCAAAGAUAUAUAUGUUGUCUUUGAACUUAUGGAGUCGGAUCUUCAUCAAGUCAUAAAGGCUAAUGAUGAUUUAACAAGGGAGCAUUAUCAGUUUUUCUUAUAUCAGAUGCUUCGAGCUUUAAAAUAUAUGCACACAGCAAAUGUCUACCAUCGAGAUUUGAAGCCCAAGAACGUGCUUGCUAAUGCAAAUUGCAAACUCAAAAUAUGUGACUUUGGCUUGGCUCGAGUUGCAUUCAAUGAUGCACCUACGACAGUCUUCUGGACAGACUAUGUGGCAACGAGAUGGUAUAGAGCACCUGAACUUUGUGGGUCAUUCUAUUCUAAGUAUACACCCGCAAUCGAUAUAUGGAGUAUAGGGUGCAUUUUCGCGGAGGUUCUGAUUGGGAAGCCUCUAUUUCCUGGUAAAAAUGUUGUUCACCAGCUGGAUUUGAUAACUGAUGUUCUAGGGACACCAUCUUUAGAUGCUAUUUCUAAGGUGCGGAAUGACAAGGCAAGGAAAUAUCUGACAUCCAUGCGGAAGAAACAGCCUACUUCGUUCUCACAGAAAUUUCCAAAGGCUGAUCCAUUAGCGUUGCAAUUGCUUAGGAGGCUUCUAGCUUUUGAUCCAAAGGAUCGCCCAUCUGCUGAAGAGGCAUUGGCAGAUCCAUACUUUAAUGGUCUAGCAAAGGUAGAGCGAGAACCAUCUUCUCAACCAAUACCAAAAAUUGAAUUUGAAUUUGAAGGCCGUAGAGUAACAAAGGAUGACAUUAAGGAACUGAUAUUUAAAGAAAUUUUGGAGUAUCAUCCUCAGUUACUGAAUGAGCAUAUCAGUGGGACAGAAAGGCCAAACUUUGUUCAUUUAAGCGCUGUUGACAAAUGUAAGAAACGCUUUGCUGAACUCGAGGAAAAUGACAGCGGAAGUGGAUCAGCUGUUUCAUCACAGAGGAAGCAUUCUUCUUUGCCAAGGCAAUCCUUCAACCAUCGUUAGAGGACGUGUGACGUCCUCUUGACAGCUGAGCUCAAAGGAUAUGAGUGAUCCAAUGAGCUUACCAUCCAUACUUCUUUGGCAACAAAGUAUCCUGUGCUCUCCGGAUGAAGGACUGAACUCAGAACCCAGCAGUUAGGGGACACCCGCUUUUGUGCAACUGGCCCAACACAAUAUGUGCCUGGAGGAGUCUGUAGACUCCAGAUUAGGGAACUUGUAUUUCUAUCUGCAUCAUGAUGGUAUCAGGACUGAUAUACAAGUGACAGAAUCAUGCAAGCAGUUGCUGCUUCUCAUGGCCCAGUUCCAGAUGUACACUACAGCAUGCCAGGGAUUUAUUGAAUGACUAAGUGCCACAACUCGCAUUACCCUGUUGAACGAAGAGGUCUGGCUUUCUAUCCGCCAAUCAUCAAGGUGUGAAUAUACUUUUGCAAUGAAAGCUGGAAGAAGUACAGAUUGUACUCAUGGAUGUUCUGCUAGCUUUCCAGUGAACCAAAGUACCACAGCAGUUGGAUCUAGCUGUGCUCCUUCGCAAAGGUAAUCCAUGAAGAAGCUGUGACGUGCCAAGGUCAAACAGCUUGGUUGUCGCGAUUUACUCCCAUCACUUGUUUGAGGAAUACCGCCAGGGACCUCAGCCGUGUUUUGCGGUGUCAUAAAAGGAACUUGAGCAUCAAUCUGAACCGUUUCCAACAGUAGAUGUGAGAAAUGUGCAAAGGUGGAAAUGCCGAAGACCAAAGCGAACUGUUGUGGUGUGUGCAGGGUAUAUAAGUCGUUCCUUUUGCUGGUUUUGAUGUUAGAGUCUUCAGUUUUGUGUUCUUCAGAUGCAUGGAAAAUUGUAAAUUGCUUAUGCCACGUGCAUGAUUAUGUCAAUAAGCCUGUCAGAGUUGAUUUGCCAGAUCUGCCUGUUCUGGGCAAGCUAUAGAAUCAACCCAGUCACAA